AUGUGUGUUUUUGUUAGCUAUAUGUCAGUAGUUUGUCAUAAAUCUCUCUACUUUCAUUUAAAACUUCAGACAUUUCGUCCGAAAAAGAAGUUCCCUGUUGGGACGCUGAGAUAUAAUCUCCAUAAGCAGGCUCAAGCAACCUUGCAUUCCGGUUUAGAUCUAAAAUCAGCUGUUCGCUUACCGCAAAAUGAAAAUUUUGAAGAUUGGCUUGCUGUUCAUACGGUUGAUUUUUUCAAUCGGAUUAAUCUGCUUUAUGGCAUAAUAUCGGAUGUUUGUACUGCUAAGUCUUGCCCUACUAUGAGUGGCGGAUCACGUUAUGAAUACCUUUGGCAAGAUGGUGUUAAUUACAAGAAACCAACAAGGCUAUCUGCUCCUGAAUAUAUAUUUCUUCUCAUGGAUUGGAUUGAAAUACGAAUAAAUAAUGAAAAUAUAUUUCCUUCUAAUGCAGAAGUGCCUUUUCCUCGAGAUUUUCGACAAACAUGUAAGAAAAUUUUGACUAGAUUAUUUCGAGUAUUUGUGCACAUAUACAUACAUCAUUUCGAUCGCUUAUCACAGCUGGGCGCUGAACCACAUGCGAACACGCUAUACAAACAUUUCUACUAUUUUAUCACAGAGCAUCAAUUAGUUUCGUCUCGUGAAUUAGAUGCACUGAAGGAAAUGACUGAGCGAUUAAUUGCUAGCACUGGAAUACGACAGGUUCGUCUAGAAUAG